GGGUUUGCGCGGGAAGGCGAUGGCGGCGGUGAAGGCGACACCAGCAGCGCUGAGGCGCUGAAUGACAUUGAAACCACACAUGAAAUACAGCACCGAGCAGGUUAAUGCUUCUAGUCACAUCAGAAUUCAAAAAUCUGUUCUUCCUCACGGGUGUUUGAAUCAUUCAAACUCAUUUAUUUAUGUAACAUUCAAUAAUUUCAGUAUCGCUUGUAAGUGAGAAGGGAUGGAUCAGAAGAUUCUGUAUUUGGCUGCAGGUGAAGAUACAGAGGGAUUGCAGCAAUGCCUGCAACAGAUGAAAGAGAAUGAGAUUGGCGCUUUGAUAACAACACAUGCUUUGAAAGGGAAGGAUAUUGGAAUGCUUGUCAGAGCUAUUUUUAAAGGUUCCCCUUGUUCUAAACAUGAAGGAGCUGCUUGCAGGCUUUUUGUUUAUAAACACUGCAUGCAGCUGGUUGAAUCAGGAGACCUUCAAUCAGAUAUAGCAACAGACAUGAUUGGUUUGCUGAUGCUUGAGGCUCAUCACUUGCCUGGAGCUACUCUGGCUGAACUGGCAAGCCUGUAUGUUGAUGCCAUAAAAGGAGGCAGCAUUAUGAAUGGCAAAUCGCUCGAUCUCUUCCCUACGAUACUUACAGUUCUGGCCUCUCAAGAAAGCCUGAGCUAUGGUGAAGGUCAGUUGUGUGGUGAAGAAUACAAGAAGCAAGUGAUAAAUACUCUCUGCUCCAGUCGGUGGGAUCCGAAAUGUGUGAUUCACCUCGCAUCCAUGUUCAGAGAUGUACCUGUCAGUACAGAAGAGCUUCAGUUUGUUAUGAUGAAAGUGGAGAAGAUGUUUCCCAGGUUGGAUCUGCAGGAGCUUCCUCCACUUGUCUACCAGUUACUCCUCCUCUCUGCCAAGGGCUGUAAGAAAAUUCUUUUGGAAGGAAUCAUAAAAUUUUUCCAUCAGCAGGAUCAGUUGCAAAAAGAAGAACAGAUGGGAACUGAGUCCAUGGAGUUGGAGGCUGCCUCUGUGCCAAAAGAUCAGCUCCGUCAUGUAGAGGGAACCAUCAUUCUUCACAUUGUGUUUGCUAUCAAAUUGGACCAUGACCUGGGCCGUGAACUCAUCAAAUAUCUGAAGGCUGGGCAGCAAGGGGACACUAGUUUGGUUCUCUGCUCUUUUAGUAUUGCUCUCUUGCUUUCGGUAGCAAGGAUACACCGAUUUGAGGAUCAGGUGUUUGAAUUUCUAAAAACAUCGACUAUUAAAAGUUUUAAGGAUAGACUGUUCCAGCAGAAUUCAAAAUUUCUCCAGGAUUUGAUCCCUGCUCAAUGCAGUGUAUCUGAAAUGAUUUUGGAGACUGUGUCAAACAGUGUAUUUGGGUGGGACCACGUUACACAAUCACUGGUGCAGCUGGGAUUUAUAUUCAUGGAUUCUUUUGGACCAAAAGGAGGUCCUUUUGGGAAAGUUGUGGAAAUCAAUCCAGUGGCAGCAAAAACGCCAGCUCAACAGGCCUCUCGACUGGGAGCCAAGAUUCUUCUGGAAACUUUCAAGGUGCAUGAGCCAAUUAGGAGUGAAAUCUUGGAGCAAGUUCUGAACAGGGUGGUGACAAAGACAUCCUCACCCAUCAGUCAGUACUUAGACUUGUUAUCUGAUAUUGUCGUCUCUGCACCUCUCAUUCUCCUGGAGAGUUCCUCCAAGGUUAUUGAGGCGUUUGACCACUUGUCCUACCUGCCCCUCAGCACAGUCCAGGGUCUAUUAAAGGCCGUGCAGCCCCUGCUGAAAAUCAGCGUGUCCAUGAAAGAUUCAUUAAUUCUGGUCUUGCGGAAGGCCAUGUUUUCCAGCCAGUUGGACUCUCGCAAAUCAGCAGUUGCAGGUUUUCUGCUGUUGUUGAAGAACUUCAAGUUGUUGGGAAGCCUGACUUACAGUCAAUGCAGUCAGACAGUCACGGCCAGUCAGGUUCAAGUGGAUGUGCAUAUGCGUCACAAUGCCUCUGCCAAUGAAGCCCUAUGUUUGGAAAUCUUGGGCAGCUUGAAGCGUUGCCUGAGCCAGCAGUCUGAUGUUAGACUCAUGCUUUAUGAGGGUUUAUUUGAUGUUCUACGACGAAAUUCACAGCUGGCAAAUACCAUCCUACAAACCCUUCUUUCACAGCUGAACCGAUACUAUGAACUGGAAGAAGACCUGCUUCCUCCGCUCAAGCUAGAGAGUUGCAUCACCACUCAGGGAGGUCAGAUCUACCUCCAAGAACCACUGGCACAUCUUCUGAGCUGUAUUCAGAACUGCUUGGCCUGGUAUAAACAGUCUUUAUUACAGGGUAGUAAAGGCAAUGAUGAUGAGGAGGAGGAGGACAAUGAAGAUAGUUUUCAAUGUGAUUUGGAGGAGCAAUUGAACUCAAUAACUCGAAGAAUGAUUAAAAGUGAACUGGAAGACUUUGAACUGGACAAAUCAGCAGAUUUUUCAGUAACGUCCAAUGUUGGUAUCAAAAAUAAUAUCUAUGCUGUCCUGGUAAUGGGAGUCUUUGAAGUUUUGAUAGAGUACAACUUUAUAACCAGCAACUACAGUACAAACCGAUUUGAAGAUGUCAUAAGUCUCUUCAACCGUUACCACAAACUUUCUGAACUUCUGAAAGAGAAAUCUGGAAAAGGCAAAUCCCUCUCAUCCAAUAAAACAAAGAGCCUCCUGACCUUCAGUUUUGUAUCCAGCUUGCUGACUGCACUUUUCAGAGAUAAUGCACAGAGCCACGAGGAGAGUUUGUCUAUCCUGCGGUCUAACAACGAGUUCAUGCGUUACACUGUAAACAUGGCUCUGCAGAAAAUACAGCAACUUGAGGAGACUGGACAUGCAGAUGGACCAGAUGGGCAAAACAUCGAGAGAACAUUCAAAUAUCUCUGUGACAUUACUCGGGUGCUGCUAUGGAGAUAUACGUCAAUUCCAUCAGCAGUGGAAGAAUCUGGGAAGAAAGAGAAAGGGAGAACUAUAUCAUUACUAUGUUUAGAGGGAUUACUGCGCAUAUUUAACGCAAUGCAACAUCGAUAUCAGAACAAGAUUCAACAAUUCUUCAGUGCAAUAGAUGUGACGAGUGAUGGGGAGGAAGAGCAGGAGAUCGUCAACAUUACAGAGAAAGCAGCUUUCCACAUCAGACAGUUUCAAAGAUCCCUUGUGACACAGCUGAGUGGAGAUGAAGAGGAUUUUAACAGCAAGGAAGCGCAGCUUUUAGUGAGCAUACUGUCAACACUCUCUCGACUAUUAGAACCGACAUCUGAACAAUUUGCUCAAAUGUUGACGUGGACAAUGAAGAUUUGCAAGGAAAAUAAUCUGGAAGACGUGCAGUUCUGUAAAGGUUUGAUGAGCAUGUUGUUCAGUCUCUUCGUCCUGCGCAAGAGUCCAGUGAGUUUGCUCCAAGAGCUGUCUCGAGAUGUCCACAGUCGCUUGGGUGAUAUUGAUCAGGACAUUGAAACCGAGGAACAAUCUCAUUUUGCCAUGGUGAACGCGAAGACUGCUGCUCCAACUGUGGUGCAGCUCAUUUUGUCCCAAGUGGAGAAGGUUUUGGAAGAAGUAGAUUGGCUUAUUACAAAACUGAAGGCCCAGCUGAGUUCUGACAGAGUUCUGACAGAUGAGAGCUCUCAAGGAUCAACUACAAGAGAACCUGUUGAGAAAGCCAUCAUCCUUCAGCUGGGCACUCUGCUGACUACAUUCCAUGAACUGAUACAGACAUCCAUUCCGUCAGGAGGCUGUGUGGACAUUCUCUUGAAGGAGAUGGGCAAAAUGUAUAACAUUCUCACCUCAUUAGUAAAAUACUACAUCCAUGGUUACACAACAAAUGCUGCACAUCUUCCUGCAAGAUUUGAGAAAUUAGUUAAACUUUCGGGAUCUCAUCUGACCCCACAGUGCUAUGCUUUUAUAACCUAUGUUCAGAAUAUCCAGAAUGAGACGAUGAGCUUUGCAGGAGGCGCAGAGAAGAAAAAGGACAAAAAGGAGAUGGCAUCUAUUACCGCAGCAACGGCUCGAGUUCUACGUGAAACCAAGCCUGUACCCAACCUAAUAUUUGCCAUUGAGCAGUAUGAGAAAUUCCUGAUCCACCUGACCAAGAAAUCAAAGGUGAACUUAAUGCAGUACAUGAAGCUCAGCACGUCCCGGGAUUUCCGCAUUAAUGCAGCCACGUUGGAUGCAGCGCUGCAGGAGCAGGAGGAGGGCGAUGUUCAGCAGGAUGGGAAUGACGAUGAUGCACAGUCAAAUACCACCGUUGAUGAAAACCGAGAACCGAAAAAGAAAAGAAGGAAAAGAUGAAUUUGAGCAAUGGUGAAUAAUUAGCCCAGUAAGUGAGGACAUAAGAGUUCAGGAUGCAAGCCAUUCACAAUCGGUCUGUGCCAAGCUUGAAUCAUUUGUCAUUCUGAAUUCCAGACGUUGGGCCAAAUGAGCAAUCUCAGAGCUGCCAUUUUUUACCGUUUAUGUUGCAGGAAAACCACACACCAUUGUGGGUGAACUGUGUUGCUACUUUCCCCGAAGUUGUCUUUUGUAGUCCAAAGAUCUCUUGUUCUGUACUUAUUUUCUUCUGUUAAGGGAACCAUUUGUUUUUUCAAUGAUUUGGUAAAUAUCUAAUGCCUCUCCUGCGGGAGAAAAAAAAGCAUAAAUUAUACAAAGUA